AACCGAUCGAUUUCAGACCGCUACUCAUGAGAUCCUAGCAGAGGAAAAAAAAGGAAGUCAGUCAACAGAGAAGAUGAAAAAUGAAUUGUUUUCGGUGUUAAAAUAAUAUUUUAGCUUCUAUUCUCGAGAAUAUAUAUAUAUAAACAAGAGAAUACAAUAAAGCAAUAAUCAUGACAGGUUUUGAAGCAUUCAAACAGACAUUUAUGUCUAAAAUUAACGAACCGAAUUCACAACGUCGUAUGGUUUUAUUUGUUGUUUGUAUUGCUUUACUAUUAGACAACAUGUUAUACAUGGUUAUAGUACCAAUUAUUCCUGAUUAUUUGCAAAAUCUACGUGCAAUGGAUACAAAACAAAUUUACUGGAUUAAUGCAACACAUAGUAAACGAUUGAAAGAUGAGAAUUUUAUUUUUAAUAAAUCCGAUGGUGAUUACAAAUUAAAAUGGCUUGUUCAUCAAUCUGAAACUAAAAUUGGCACAUUGUUUGCAUUUAAAGCUAUCAUACAAUUAUUAUGUAACCCUAUAUCAGGAACUGUCAUUGAUCGCAUUGGUUAUGAUGUCCCAAUGAUGUUUGGUUUAUGCAUAAUUUUUUUGUCAACUUCAGUAUUUGCAUUCGGUAGUUCGUAUGGAUUAAUGUUUAUUGCUAGAGGCUUACAAGGUAUGGGUUCAGCGUUUGCCGAUACCGCCGGUUUAGCAAUGAUCGCUGAUCGUUAUACUGAUGAAUAUGAGCGUACAAAAGCAUUGGGAAUAGCUUUAGCAUUCAUAUCAUUCGGUUCAUUGGUAGCACCUCCAUUCGGUGGAAUAGUUUAUCAAUAUUUUGGCAAAGAAUUACCAUUUAUUACACUGGCAUUUAUAGCACUUUUUGAUGGUUGUUUACUAUUGAUUAUUAUGCAACCAGUAAGAAUUGAACGAACAGUUUUAAAAACUCAGGGUAAUCUACCUAAAGGAACUCCAAUACAUCGUUUAUUAAUGGAUCCUUACAUUGCUAUAUGUGCAGGAUGUUUGACUGUAGCUAAUAUAUCACUCGCAUUCUUAGAACCAACUAUAUCAAACUGGAUGUCAAAAAGUAUGAAAGCAACAAAUGCACAAGAAGGUUUAGUAUGGUUACCAGCAUUUCUGCCACAUGUAGCUGGAGUUAUAACAACCAUUAAAUUAGCUGAUAAGUAUCCAAGUAAACAAUGGUUAAUGGCUGCAGUUGGUCUAGCUAUUGAAGGUGGAAGUUGUUUCUUAAUACCAUUCUGUACUAAUUUUAUUGCAUUAAUGAUUCCUAUUAGUAUUUUAUGUUAUGGGAUUGCAUUGGUUGAUACAGCAAUAUUACCUACAAUGGGUUUUCUUGUAGAUACACGUCAUGUUUCAGUUUAUGGUUCAGUGUAUGCAAUUGCUGAUAUCUCAUAUAGUUUAGCUUACGCUUUGGGACCAAUUGUAGCUGGUGGACUUGUGGACACCAUUAAAUUUAUUGGACUCAAUAUUGUGAUGACAUUGAUCACUUUAGGAUAUGUACCAGUUAUGUAUCUAUUACGUAAUUGUUAUAAUGUUGAAAGACCACACGGCAGAGACAUGCCUCCGUCGAAAAUCGAUACGAUCGAUCAUUCCUUAGAUCAAGAUGAGUAUGCAUCGAUUAAAAGUUAUCCAGGUUAUGAACAAAAUUCCACAAUCAAAGGUGAACUGAAUCAUCAUUAUCAACAACAACAACAACAACAACAUCUACAUCAUCAUCCUGUGAAUCCUACCAAUCAAUAUAACUAUCAGUCAACACCGGCCUAUGAACAAGAUGGUAAAUUGUUAACUCAACGAACAGAUUAUGCUUAUUGACGAUUUUCAUUAGUCACUUUAAAAAAAAAAAACAAUAAAAUUUGUUUCGACUACAUUGAAUUAUAAUAAAUGUUGCUAGAAAAGACAUUUAUCAUUAUUAAAAGAAAAAGAAGUUUAUCAUACUACUACAAUUCAACAGAUGUGAUAAACAACAACAACAACACAUUUCCACAUAUACACGACGCAAUCAUUGUGACUUUUCAAUGUGACACAAGCAGACACACAGUUAACUUUGUUUGACACAAUUUGUUUCUUCUCUACUAGAGAAUAGGGAACUUGUUUUUUUCUUCUUCUUCUUCUUUCAAUCAACACUAUUUACUCACUACGUAAUCACCUACUACUUUAUUCACUGAACUAUUUAAAUAUAUAUUGUAAUUUAUCAGUUUCAGUUCUGCUUUCAUUUCACCAACACCAAUGCAAACAAAUUUUCGAAA